AUGGAAUUGAGCGUUAAUAAUCGGCCGAGGAAUUUGCAAGACAUCAUCAGCGUAUCAAUUUUAGGUUUACUGCAUUCCCCGCCCGUACUACAUAUCGCAGGCCCGACCUCGGUUCCCCGCCACACACGUCUCGUCCCAAAGUUGGGGACAUCCCAUCUUUACGCACCCCACUCGGACUACAACUGA